AGCUUUCGCACAUUCUCUUUGCCUCUCUGCCUCUGCCGCUCCCUCUCUCGCACAAAUAGCUUUCGCACAAAUAUCUCUCUUCCUCUCUAAUAAUGAAUCCAAUAAUAAGACCAUCAAAGACGUUUUGGGGUAUUGAGCUUCAAAGUGGUGAAUCGUUUGAUGUCAACCUUGAAGACAAAUUUUUGCGUCUUACACUGGUUUCUCUUAUAGAAAUCGAGAACGAAACACCAGAUUUUAUUUCCUUGCACAUCACUGAGAAUGGCAAAAAGCGCGUAUUUGCACGCCUUCACCCUAAGAGGCGGCCACAACUACCAUUGGAUGUGGUGUAUGGCCAAAGUUGGUUGUUUUGGCUCCUUGACCAGUUUGUGAUCACUUUCUCUAAAGAUGAUACAAGUUCUGACAUGAUGAUGAGGAUAACGAUGAUUCCUCAUGAUGAAAACAAAGAUACAACAAAGCAGCAAUACCAAAAGAAUAGACUGAAUGUGUCUGCAAGUAUGAGUCUUCAUAAAUGUAGGAGUUCCAUGUCGUAAAUGGACUUUGUGUGUUUGCAAUAACUUUGAAGACAGAGAAUGCUAAUUUGAUUAGUAAUUAAGAGAUAGGGUUGCAGAUUAUGUUGAUGAGUGACGAGGGUUGUUUAUAAUGUCAUGGUGUUUAGUAGAUUUGAUGUAAUUAGUAUGAAAAAGACAUCAUAUCCCGUCUUUAUGUCGUGAAGAUUAAUGAUGGCAAGUAUAGUAAUUUGCUGUUUUGACUCCUUGACAAAUUUAGUAGAUUUGCUGUUUUGAUUCCUUGACCAAGGGUGUUAGUAUGAAAAGACAUG